AAUAUAGAUGGCGCUAACAGAAAAAAAAAAUGAAGAAGAAUAAGAGUGUCCAUUGGUGGGAGCCGGAAUAUAGAGGACACAACUGCAAAUGUUGUGGGAGGCGGAAUCGAGAAGAAACAGCUACGAAUAUGGUGAGAAUCGGCCGGAAUCAAGAACAUAGCUACGAAUACGAACGAACGAGAACAAUUGUCAAUUGUAUUUGAGCGAAAGUUAAACGGUGACACGACGAAUCGACUUACUCAAUGGUCUUUAAAGAAAAAAAUAUUUUUUCGGAAUAUUUACUGCAAGAAAAUGUUACAAUUUUAUGUACUGAUAAAAAUGGAUUAGAAAUAUCACAAUACCAAUUGAAAUAUACACGAUUCGAAGGCUUUAUUUAAACAUUUCAAGCUGGUCAAAAGCAGUGUGUGAGGAAUGAAAAAAUAUUUGUGAAAAAAGGUGGUGGUGAAUUUGCAAAUUAGAAAAAAGUUAUUCCGCAAGCCAACAACAAGAAGAAAUAGGAAAAAAAAUCCCUGAUACAGAUACAUAUGUGAUGUGCCCAUAAAGAAAGUGCAAACAACAAAAAAUUAAUUUUAAUAACUUAUUUAAAACAUUAACAUAAAAACUAAACCUUAAAAUCGUUGGUAUAAUUACAAUAGUCAUUGGGGAAGCACACGCAAGAAAAAAGAGAGAAGAAGACAAAGAAAGAUAAAAGCAAAAAGUGUAUUUCGGAUUUGGAUUUGACAUUUACCAUCAUUUACGAAAACGAGAGAAAGAGGCGAAGCGAAUGAAAAAGAAUAGUGCACAAUAUUGAAUGAAUAAAAAUGUAUAAGGCCAGCGAAAAAAUGGAAAUAAAAUAAAGAAAAAUAAAUACCCGACCGAUAAAGUUGCAGCAAAGUUACUUUGCUAACGUUUGGAAAUAAAUUCCAAACUCGUGAACAAGUUAACAAGUGACUACAAAAUCUUCAAAAUGGUUUAUUUUUCUUAUUGAGUAAUUGGUUCAUUCUCUUAAUAACAACAACAACAUACAAUACAAAGAAGAAAGGACUCUGCAAAAACGCCAAGUUUUUUUGUCGAGGGUACGUACGUACGUCGAUCGUACGUACACCCGUGUCGGUCGUCGUUCGCCAAGCUAAAUUAAACGAAACAUCAGCUAACCAAUCAACCCAACCAACCAGUCAGCCAGCCAGCAGCAGCAGAAGUAGCAUUGCUGUCGCCAGCUAGCCGGACGGACAGUCACAGGCGCUGGCAUUUUCUUAACCAUUUUUGCUAUUUUGCCACACAACACAAGCCUGCUAAGCAGUCGUAGUGUGGUGGAGAAAAGGUGCAGGGUGCAACACAGCAAAGAAAUAGAUCUAAAAUAAAGUGAAAAUAAGCAAAGCUCCACCUAAAAAAGCUACGAAAAUAUCAUCAUCAUCGUCGUCGCCGCAACCAUAAACAUACAACCAACCAACAUCAUUAUUGCUGUUGUUUUUCUACGAACACACCACACACUCUUUAUUUGAUAGAAAAAGAGUGUGUUCAACAAAGAAAAACACCUAACCGACAAGCAGAAUUUAAUAUAGGUUUUCUUUUAUUUGGCAUAGAUCUGCAAUAAAAAACGUUUCACAAUGGAUUAUUUUGUGGGAGGUUAUGUUUAUAUGAAUAGUGAUGCUGUGAAGAUACAACAACCAGUUGCUACCACCGUCUACGCAAAUGUUCCUGUUGAUACGGCAAUGCUAGCGACCAAUAUAUAUGGUCAACCCACACAAUUGGCAGCUCCGGCCGCAACACACAUCCCAUUAAUUGCGACAACAGCGGGACCGCAACCACCACACCAUCAAGCUUUACAAGUAGCCCCGGCACCGGGUCAACAUCAACCUCUAAUUGCAGCCCAUACUGCAGCCCCACACACACAACAACAUUCGCUUCAAACUGUACAGGCAGCAGCAGCUGCAGCUGCUGUAGCUGCUGCUACACCACAGCCCCCACAAGCCCAUCAAGUACAAGGCCAUCCACAGCAACCCCAUAUACAGUAUGCCCAUCAGGCCCCAAUGGCUGCUGCAGCCGGGCAAGGGCCCACAGUUACUACAACAACGAUUGAUAACACCGAAUAUACAGUCAUGAAUGGAACUAUAGCCCAAGAUGGCACUGUUGUCUGUUAUAGCCAAGAUGAGUUGAUCAGUGUUGGAGUUGGUCCACCGGGUGCAGCUAACUUAGUUGCUGUCGAUCAAAUGUCUGGUACACCUGUAGCUUCAGCGGCGACACAACAACACAACGCCCACGCUCAGCAUCAUGUCAUUCUUACAAAUGUUCCACCGCCUCCAGCCCAACAACAGCAGCAACAAUCCAUAACGCAACCACACCAACAGCAGCAACAACAUCACCACCAACCACAACAGUCCCAGCAACAUGUGGUUGGAGGUGCCAAUAAUAACACCAACAAUAUGCCAGCAAAUAGCAGUAGCAAUGCUUCCUCAAAUUCUAGUGGUAAUACCGGAGGCGGGGCUGAAAGUAACACUAUGUCUUUGGAGCAGUUGAAACAAUCGUUAGCCACACAAUUGGAAUAUUAUUUUUCAAGGGAGAACUUGGCUAAUGAUACAUGGCUUUUAUCACAAAUGGAUAGCGAUCAAUAUGUACCCAUAUUUACAGUUGCCAACUUUAAUUUGGUUAAGAAACUAACCAAAGAUAUUAAACUAAUAACAGAAGUGCUUAGAGAAUCGCCAAAUGUGCAAGUAGAUGAAGAGGGUCUUAGAGUGAGACCAAAUCACAAACGGUGCAUCAUCAUUUUACGUGAAAUUCCACAAACAACUCCCGUUGAAACAGUCAAGAAUAUUUUUAACAGUGAAAACUGUCCAAGGGUAUUGUCUUGCGAAUUUGCUGGUAAUAACUCAUGGUAUAUAACAUUUGAGUCCGAUGAUGAUGCACAAAAGGCUUUCAAGUAUUUGAGAGAAGAUGUAAAGGAAUUUCAGGGUAAACCAAUAAUGGCUCGAAUGAAAGCGAAACCGUUUAUACAUCGACUACCAAUCGGUCCAGUUUCAGCAUUGAAAAAUGGAUUUCGUUUGACCUCGCCUCCAGCCGCUGUUUAUGAUCCUAAUACGGCAGCAGCGGCGGCCGCAGUUGCCUAUAAUGCCGCUCCUCAACGUUUUGUCUAUACUGCAAAUGGCGCAGCUAUCACACAACCGCCGGUUCCAUAUAAUGGCCAAUUGCAUGUAAUACAAUUUCCUCAACAACAAUUCUUUCCUGGCAUAGUAACUCCAUGGCCUUCGGCAGCAGCUGCUGUAGCAGCCGCUACUACAGCCCAUGGACAGAAUUUCUAUGAAAUAAGUAAUGUGUUUGCAACCAAUAGCAUACCUCAAGCAGCAUAUAAUGCAGCCUCUCAGCCACCAACUGCAACGCCCGGUUUAAGUGGAAACACAAAACCACAAAGCGGUGGUGGUAACAGUGGUAGCGGUGGAGGGAGUAGCCGUUACAAUAAUAGUCAUCGCAAUAAUGCCAGCAACAGUAGUGGAACAUCAGGUGGUGGUGGUCACCGUAAACAGUCCCGUAAUGCUAAUUUGCAACUGCAACAAGGGCCUCAACCUCAGUUGGCUGGAAGCAAUAUAAUUGUGUCCAGCGUGGCCGUUGGAGGUACUGGAGGUCUUGUUAGCGUAAUGCCUACAAUUGUUGAUCCACAUCAGCAACAACCAAUGUCGCAACAGCAUCAAAUGCAGCAACAACCACAACAGCCGACUUCAAGUCAACAACAACAGUCUGGUUCACAGCAAAACAAUAGUUCAAGACAUUAUUCCAGUAUGAAAUCUAAUACAGGUGGCAUACCGAAGACAUCGGUAGAAAAGUCCUAUACUGGUAGUAAUACUGCUACUCUUAGCAGCCAUCAUCAUUAUAAUACGCAGAAUCAGUCAACUCACCAUGUACAAACUCAGCAACAGCAGUCGCAGCAAAUGUCGACUAGCGCUCCUACUCAUUUACAACAGAGUCACUAUCAAAUGCCUUCCUCUAAUACACAAAACGUUUCGAUGCAACAUUCUACCUAUGGGAACCAUUCGGCGCCCUCUGUGUCGGGGCAACAGCAACAUCACCAUUCGCAACAGCAGCAACAAAUGCAUCAACAGCAACAACACGAUUUGCAAGAAGAUGUUGGUGAAGUAAUACACCAGACUCAAGUUCACAGUGCCCAGCAACAGGGUGGUGGGGGAGGUGGUGGUGGUCAUCACCAUAAUCAACGUAAUAAUAUGACAUCUUCUUCAUCAUCGCUGGCCAAUUCGGUGGGGGGUAGUAAAGAACCCCCACAUUGGUCUCAAUCAAGACCCAGGCGAAGACGGCGUGAUGAUGAUAAUUCGGGAAUGACAUAUUCGCCCAAUAAUCGCAUUGGUGGAGGAGGCGGUGGGCAAUCGUACAAUUCGGGACACCAUUCACAGCAAGGUGGCAAUAGCGGAGGAUCAGGUGGUGGCAUGUCUUCGGGCCAAGGAGGAAGCGGCGGCAGCCAUCAUCAUUCAAAUCGCAAUGAUAUAAGUGGUGGUGGUGGUGGUCACCAUGGUAGUGGUGGCGGUGGUGGAUAUUCAUCGCAUCGUAGUGAUAAUGAGCAUCGUGGUGGCUACAAAGGCAACAACUACAAUCCACAUUAUAAUAGUGGAAAUGGAAGUCAUCACCAUUCGUCGGGGAAUUCCUCAGCUCACCAUCAUAGCCAACACCAUAGCAAUACAAGUGGAUCGUCUCAACAACAACAGCAAACACAACAACAGCAACAACAUCAUUCUUCUUCGGCUUCAUCAUCAUCUGCUCAUCAUCAAAUGUCUUCAUCAAAUUCUCAUCAUUACAAUGCGCAUCAUCACAAUACUGAAGGUGGUGGAGGCGGUGGUGGAGGAGGAGGCGGUGGUGUUAGUAGUGGCCGUGAUGUUGGUGGAGGCCGCAAUUAUGAAGGUGGCCGUCAUGCUGGUGGCGGUGGUUCUAAUUAUAGUGGUAACAAUGAACGAUCUGGCGGAGGUCAUGGUGGUGGCGGUGGUCGUCAUCACGAUAGCUACCAUCAUAACAGCCAUCAUCAGGGAGGCCAUCAUCAACAUCACCAUCAUCAUCAACAACAACAGCAGCAGCAACAAAAUGUUGCUCCACCACAACCACCGCAAUUUGAUCUGGAAGCAGCUGCGUUUCCACCACUGCCAGCCACCUCUUCGUCAGUGGCCUCCAGUAAUGUCGCUCCAACCGGUGGUUCCAAUUCCACCAAACAAACUGCCAAUACGCAGCAUCAUCAGCAACAAGUGAGUUUAAAUGACGCUACAACUUCUGCCAAUAACAACAACAUGACUAUCAGUAGCAAUAGCACUAGCAGCAAUAGCGCUGUUAUUCAAGAUCAACAAACACAACAUCAUCAACAGCAACCACAACAACAGCAGCAGCCAAAAAACGUCAAUACUCAACCCUAUCACCAACAACAUCAGCAAUCGCUGCAACAAAAUAUAAACAACAGUAAUCCUCAGUUGCAGCAACAACAAAGUUCCUCAACCGGUUCGGGAAACGGUACUAAUGGUGGUAGUGGUUGGUCUGAAAAUCGUUUAGCUGAUGUAGUCCGUGGCAGUGGUGCUGGUGGCAAUGGCAACAAUGGUGGCGGACAAACUGGUACCAGUGGUGGCUUAAGUGGAAAAAAAUCACGCAAAGAUUCUGGCCACAACAAUAAGCAACAAUAUUACUAUCAACAAUCACAACAGCAUCGUGGGAACUUAUCGGCGGUUAGUCCCACACCCACCAACAGCAAUGCUACGCAAAUGGCUGCCACAACCAAUAAUAACGCCUCAAUUUUUUUAAAUUCAUCCUCAAUAGAGAAUUCUAAUUCCGACGACAUAAAACGUGAACAAUCUGCAUAUAGUAGCAGCAACAAUAACAUAAACAAAUCAUUGACAAAUAAACAAAAUUCUAAUAACGCUAAUAGCUCUCCAACUGUGAUAAAGUGUGUAACACAACCAAACCAUACGACAAAUAUGAAGGCUAGCAACAAUGUUGCCGCCACGUUCGUUGCUCCUUCCUCCACAACAUUGCCUGCAGACCAGAGCCAUAACCAGACUGGUGUUGUAGGCAAUAGUAGCGGUUCAAUUGGAGGCAGUGGCCCAACUACUAUUCCAAAUGAAAAAACUAACAAGACUGAUGAAUAUUUGCUAUAUGCCAUGGAUAAUACAAUUGUUACUGCGGCCAAUGGAAGCAACAAUAUGAACAACAACAACAAGGUGGCCUCGGCCAUAGUACCAUCUCAAAACUACAGCUCAAGCAACGAGGAUCGCAAUUCCAAGAAUGUCAGCGGGCCAACAGCUGCUGUUGCGAACGUGUGUAGUGUUGCUACAAUGACCACGAACCUUGCCGAAUGUAACAUUAACAAUCACAAAAAACCACCCGCCAUAGCUGCAUUAGUUGCCAAAAAAGAAUCGCCAAAAGACGCUACCAAACAAAAAAAUGCCUCCACUUCCACUAAUUCGACGUCUACAGAGAACCUGACAGUCGUAACACCUACACAUGUAAUACCUGCUGUAGCCACUGGGGGAUCUUCAGCUUCGCGUUUAAGUUACGCUCAAGUAGCUCAGUGUAAGGACGACAAUGCCACUACUACCAAUGCCGUUGGAAUUUCAUUGUCAUCGCCUGUUGCUGGGAAUAAACAAGAAGUGAUAAUGAGUACUACAGUAACAGUGGCAACCGCAACAACACAAUCCUCCACGAACACAGCUGCUAAUCUUGUAAAUAAUAAUAACAAUAAUGAAAAGACUACAAUCACACCUAUUGCCACCAAUUGUGGCAGUGCUUCAUCUGUAAAUAAUGUAGCUGGUACUGUCGGUGUAGUAAAUUCCACAGGUGCUUGUGCUGCAUCUUCAACACAAACCACUGGUGCUGUGAAUAGUGGCAGCAAUUUAUCUUCCGUAACAUUGCGCACUGAAAAUUCCAAAGAAAAGGAUAUUACCCGUGAAAAUCGUCAAAGUACAGGAGUUAAUUCUAGUAUUGGUGGCGGUAGUUUGAAUAGUAGUAGUAUAAAUAGUAACACAAUUGCAUCUUCCCGUAAUCAACGUUCUGAUUCCAAAGACUUUAAAACCACACAUGCUCGUGAACGAAAUGAGACGAUUGAAUGUAAUAACUCCCUUUCAGCUAACGGCAGUGGACGUAAAACGAAUAGAAAUAAUAACAAUAAUUAAAAAAAUACGUCCCGAUGUUUUUGCACCCACCCGAAUUUUUUUGUAGUCAAAGACUUUAUUUUGGUAAAAUGAAAUUCAUGUGUGUACAUAAAGUUGGCUUGCUUUCUGACAGAUUGUCAUCGUACUGUCAAUAAUUUUGACCCAACCACUUGUAAACUUUGUUUAACUCAUGGAAUUAUCGGCCAUCAGAAAUAUUGCAAUUUCUUUCACUCCGAAUUUUACAUAUUUAUUUAAAAUCGAACAACCAUUGUUUCUUUUAAAAUUUUUAUAGACUUUUUGAUAGAAUAUGCUAUAGUAAAUAUUUAAAAAGACUACAAAGCACAUUUCAAAUAUUACUAAAACAGAGAAUACUAUUGCUACUACUACUACUACUACUAGUACUAUCAUAACUAAUAUCUACUACCAAUACUACAAUAUUUGCCUGCUAAUAAAUACAACCGUAUGUGCUACUACCUAUAUACUACUCCAUUGAAAUAGAAAAAUAUCAUCUAUUCAAUACAUUGCAUACAUAUAUAAUUAUUAUGAUACGCAUAAAUUAUAUUGUAUGUACGUAUGCAACUUAAAGUAACUAUAUUAUAAAUAUGCCUACACAUAUACUGGAAUAUGGUUUUCUUCUUGUGUAUAUAUAUUUAUAUACUACUUUACAAACUGAAAAUAAGAUGUGGAUAAGCUAAAAUACCUGAAAGGUAUUCAAGUCUGUUGUAUAUAAAAAUAUUAUUUUUAUAAAAAAGAGCGUAUUUUUAACAAGGACCAGUCAAGUAAAAAAACUGUUUUUCUUAUUAUUAUAAUUAUUAUUAAAUAAUAUAGCUAUAAUUUUUAUUAUAUAAUGUUGUAUACAAAUGAAAACAACAACUGUAACUAAAGCAAGAAAAAAUAUGUAUAAAAUCGCAGAAGUAAAUUGAAUUUACAAUAAUAUAACAAAAAAAAAAAAACACUUCCAUUAAUAAAAACAAAGCACACGAAUACAUCAACGA